AUGACGGGAUCUUGCCUCAAAAAAAAAAAUAAUAGUGGAGUCAAAUUUUUUUCAGAUCUAUAUCUAUUGAAAAAUUUAUGUUUGCAUAAAAGUUGGAUACCUACAUUUCCCAUAGAAGACAACAUGACCGAAGAUCCUAAAUUAUACAGAGCACUAGGGCCAGUAUUUAUAUCAUCUAUUGAACCACUUCUAAGCGGUAAAGACCUAAUCGAUACAAACCAUAUCAAAACAAUCAUCUCAGUAACCAAAUCAGAUAUCCCACAGAAAUAUAAAACAUCACCAUAUGUACACCUACAGGUCCCUAUUGAUGAUUUAGAUUCAGAGAUAAUUUUUCCAUACAUUGAACAAGUAAAUAAGCUAGUCAAAGAAACAAUCUACAAGCCCACUUCGAAGGAAGUGGUGAUUAAGAAUGACGGAAAAUUUAAACCUGAGCUCUCAGGCAAUGCAGUUUUAAUUCAUUGCCAAUCAGGUAUUUCCAGAAGCGUGGCAUUUGCAUGUGCAUAUCUUAUGAAUAGACAUAACCUGCCGUUGGAGCAUGCAUUACAUGCAAUUAGAAGAAAUAAUCCCGAGCAUACAUUUUUGCCAAAUGAUGGUUUUUUGCAACAAUUAAAUGUUUACAAAGAGACUGACUGGUGUUGUGAUGUUGCAACGUUACGUAAAGUAUCACCACGAUGGAGAGCGUAUCGUAUGCAAUACCUUAUUGCACCUCAAAUAAACAGGUUGAAUUCUGGUGGUAAUGGAGGGGACAACAGCUUUAGUGUUGUUGAGCAAGCAAAUGAAAAGGACGAUGAAAAUUGGUUUGGAUUCAAAUGUGCUAAAUGCAGGGCACUACUGGCAAGUUCAAGCGUCUACUUACCUCACCUACCACCCUAUGAAAAAGAUGAUAAACAAAUGUAUUUCACCAAAACAGUGUACAAACGGAAGAGAGUUAUUGAUAGACAAACGGGGCAUAAUGAAUGUACACAUGUUUUUACUGAACCUUUACAAUGGAUGAAGGAGAAAAUUACCAAUAAUGAAGAAUUGGAAGGCAGAUUAGACUGUUAUAAGUGUAAUACCAAAGUCGGAGGUUGGAACUGGAAAGGUGACAGGUGUAGUUGUGGCAAAUGGAUUGUCCCUGCUAUUCAUUUACUCAAGUCAAAAAUUGUACAAGUUGAUAAAAACAAUAGAUUGAUUUUGCAGAGUGACAACAGGGCUGUUUAA